GGUCGAUAAUCCUCUCAAUAGACAGCCAGUCUUCAAGUUCAUAGAUAUAGAUCUGUUCGUGAUCCAUAGAGCUAUUGCUACUACGUACAUUAGCAUCAUUUGCUCGCAAUAAUGCCGGCUAUUUCGCUCUUUGUUCGUCAAGCCGCGGAUAUUUUUGGCAGGAAAUGGUGGGAGAAGGGACUCCUUGCAGGUUUAAUCUACCUGGCCACCUUCCGAGACCGCGCGGAGAAGAACAACCUUCACGACUCGUACACGGCAGUCGACUAUCCUGUCGCAACGUGCACACCCGAGAAUCGCUUUGCUCGUACGCUGGACGGCACGUGCAAUGAUCUCGAGAAACCUGCUAUGGGUAGCUUGGGAUACCGGUUUGGACGUAACAUCCCUGUUGAGAAGGCCUUUGCCGAUGAAAGCAAAAUCUUUGAGCCUAACCCGCGUGCUAUCGGGCAAAAGCUGUUGUUGAGGGAUACCUUUAAGCCGGCCACGACUAUCAACAUGUUUGUGCUUUCUUGGAUUCAAUUCCAAGUUCAUGACUGGAUGGACCACGAACGUGCGUGGGGUAGUCCCGUCGAUGUUCCUCUCCCGCAAGGAGAUCCCUUGGCGGCAAGCGGCCAAAAGCUGUUCCUCCCGCGUAGCGUUCCUGAUGCAUCCCAGAAAAACUCUUCUCGUCCCAACGCAUUCAAAAACAAGGUCACUCACUGGUGGGAUCUCUCCCAAAUCUACGGUACCGAUACCCAAACCAAUCAACGCAUCCGCACGGGCGUUGAUGGCAAGCUGCGUCUCGCAGAGAACGGUCUUCUCCCAUUCGGAGAUGAUGGCCUGGAAAUCACUGGGUUUAAAGACAACUGGUGGUCUGGUCUCUCUAUGCUCCACAAUAUUUUUACACGCGAACACAAUGCUAUCUGCGACAUGUACAAGGCCAAACACCCAGACUGGAACGACCAAAAGCUCCACGAUAUGGCGCGCCUGCCUUUCUCUCUCACCGAAGAGUUCACAGCCGUCUACCGCUUCCACUCUCUCCUCCCCGACAACAUUGAUGUUCUUGACCGCAAGACCGGCAAAUCCACCGGUCGUGUUUACCACCUCCCCACCAUUACGUUUGCCGGCAGCCGCAAAUUCAUGACCGAGAACGACCUUGCCGAUCUGGUUUACACUUUUGGAACUGGCCAUCCCGGAGCAUUGACUUUGAACAAUUAUCCUGCUUGGCUCAUGAACUUGACAAAGCCCGGCGAACCCUAUACCAUUGACUUGGCAACUACCGACAUCUACCGUGACCGUGAGAGGGGUAUCCCGCGCUACUUUGAAUUCCGUCGUGCCUUCGGGCUUCCAGAGUUCAAAACCUUUGCGGAUGUGAACCCCAAAAAGGAAGUCCAAGACCUUCUUGCCUCUAUUUACCGCUCGCCAGAGGACAUUGACCUUCUUGUCGGUACUCUCGCUGAGGAGCCUCGUCCGGAUGGAUACGGUUUUAGUGACACGGCAUUCCAUCUCUUUAUUCUCAUGGCCUCCCGCCGUCUGGCUACGGACCGGUUCCUUACUGACGACUACAAGCCUGAGAUUUACGGUAAAGAAGGUCUUGACUGGAUUGAGAAGCAGGGCAACUUCAAGAGCCUCAUUACGAGGCACUUCCCCGAUUUGAAGCCUGCUAUGGACACCGUUGACAAUCCGUUCAAGCCAUGGAAGGUGAAGGCUUGAUUAGUUAGGGUCUCCAAUGCAGCUGGAGCUGGAUUGAAGUAAGGAAAUUGUUUUAGACAUAUUAAAGUUAGAUUACGUAGUGUCAUCUAUGUGUCUGGAGGUGAUUCUGUCUAUGAAUACCGUAGCCUUGGAGAAUUGUUGCUGAAUCAUAAGCCCACCUUCAAGUUAUGCAAGAAAUGGAGGUUAUAGUAAAUUCAUGUGUCACUAGUAUAUCAAUUGUUACCACAAUGUUCGCAAA